AUGGGUUGGAAAGAAAAAGAAGCUGCGAAACUCGAGGGCAAGCGUGUCCUCCUUGUUGUUGGUGCUGGUGGAAUAGGAUGUGAAUUGUUGAAGAAUUUAGCUCUAACCGGGUAUAAGGACAUUCACGUGAUUGAUAUGGACACCAUUGAUGUUAGCAAUCUAAAUCGGCAAUUUCUCUUUCGUCGCGAGCAUGUCGGCAGAUCAAAGGCUGAAGUAGCCACUGAAGCCAUUCGUCAGCUCCGUCCAGACAUUAAAAUCACAUUCGAUCUCGACAGUAUUUUUAGUUCAAAAUUCAACUUGACGUUCUUUCAACAAUUCUUCUUGGUCAUGAAUGCGCUCGAUAAUAGAGCUGCCAGAAAUCACGUGAAUAGGAUGUGUUUGGCGGCCAAAAUCCCGCUUAUUGAAAGUGGCUCCUCCGGAUACUUAGGACAGGUAAUAAACCGUAGCUUUUGA